GUCUACAUGCACAGCUUCCCUGUCUACAAAUAUGGAUAAGUGCUUUCACUGAAUUGCACACUACUCCAUAUUAUCCAAAGUUACUUCUUGUUUGAGAGAAAACACAGAACAUGAAGCCAUUAAUAAGAAUGAGUUUGUGGUCUUAUUCAAUGGCCCUUUUGGCAGCAAUAUUGUUCUUUAUGGUGACUACAACAGAAUGCAAAAAAUCAUGUGGAUUUAAGGCUAUCUUUAACUUUGGAGAUUCAAAUACAGAUACUGGUGGUUUUUGGGCAGCUUUCCCAGCUCAGGGUCCUCCCCAUGGAAUGACUUAUUUCAAGAAACCAGUUGGAAGGGCAACUGAUGGCAGAGUCAUCCUUGAUUUUCUAGCUCAAGGAUUAGGUUUGCCAUUUUUGAGUCCAUAUCUGCAAUCAAUUGGAUCUGAUUACAGACAUGGUGCUAAUUUUGCAACAUUGGCAUCCACAGUGCGCUUGCCACAAACUUCUUUAUUUGUUACUGGGGUUAGCCCUUUUUCUCUUGAGAUUCAGCUUCGACAAAUGAAAGAAUUUAAGGUUAAAGUCGAUGAACAUGGCCAUAAAGGGAAAAGUAAUCUGCCUUCGCCAGACAUAUUUGGGAAGUCACUAUAUACAUUCUACAUAGGCCAAAAUGACUUCACUGGAAAUUUGGCAAGAAUAGGAAUAAGUGGAGUGAAAGAGUAUCUACCUCAAGUGGUUUCCCAAAUAGCCAGCACCAUCAAGGAGAUAUAUGCAUUAGGUGGGAGAACAUUUUGGGUGCUAAAUUUAGCACCAAUUGGAUGUUACCCUGCAUUUCUGGUGGAGCUGCCACAUAAAACUUCUGAUAUUGACCAGUUUGGUUGUUUAAUAUCAUACAAUAAUGCAGUGGUGGAUUAUAACAACAUGCUCAAAGCAGCAUUGGCAAAAACAAGAAAAGAAAUUGCUGAUGCAAAUGUGGUAUACGUGGACACUCAUGCUGUACUCUUGGACCUCUUCCAACACCCUACUUCUCAUGGGCUAAAAUAUGGAACCAAAGCAUGUUGUGGAUAUGGUGGUGGUGCUUACAAUUUUAACCAGCAAAUAUUCUGUGGAAAUACCAAACAAAUAAAUGGAACUAUAGUGACAGCCAAUGCCUGUGAAGAUCCACAAAAUUAUGUAAGCUGGGAUGGAAUACAUGCCACGGAUGCAGGAAACAAACUAUCUGCAUAUGCCAUUUUAAAUGGUUCUUAUUUUGAUCCUCCUUUCCCACUUCAACACAUUUGUGAUGUCCAGCCUAUAGAUUGACACUGUUGUUUCUUGUGUUUAGCAGUAAUAUACCAUAACUCGUGAGUCAUUUAAUAGCAAAAUGAAUGAACCUUAAAUUUUCUUGAUGCUUUGAUUAUUUAUUUAUUAAUAAUAUCAUAAUGGUGGUGUCUUCAUCA